GAGGUGGGAGCACUGAGAAUUAGUGGGGUCUCGCUCUCAAAGCAUUGGCCAGCUCUAGCCAACCGGCUUCACCUUCAUCACCUUUACCUGCACGACAUAAUUCGUCUCACCUGCUUUGUUACCGAAUUGCUAUCUUUUUGUGCCUCUGCAGUUUUGCAAACCUUGCAUACCGAAUCCUGCAGCGCUUGGGCAGUUUGUGUGUCUUCACAAUGGGAGAAAUGGAAAAGGACUUGAGGACAGAUCCUCCGUGUCAUCCUAGAGCAUGUGCAAUUCAAAACUGCAUACAGAAGAACAACUACAACGAGGAGAAGUGCAGAAAAGAGGUCGAUGCACUAUACGAGUGCUGCAACGCUUUUUACAAAGAGCAGGGAGAAAAUGCCAGCACUGUGAGCUGUCCGAAAUAUGCGCUCCUCAAACUCAAGAUGGAGCAGCGUGCGAAAGGGAUAUCAUAGCCUCUCUAGCAGGCUGAUGUACAUAUCCCUGUGUAAUUAUAGCUGUGUAACAUAAUAAAUCAAAACGCCU